CUGCCUUUGCUAUUCUCACUUAGUCGCUCAUUUUUGGAAAUUCAUCUUGUCCAGGCAGACGUUGAGCAGCCAGAUGUGUUAUUUGUGAAUUGUACUUCUUUAUCAAAGUCUUCUGACAUCUUCACCAAGAUACUUCAAAAUAUUAAACCAAAGAAGAAGAUUGGUGGCUCAGUUACUGCUCUAAAGCACAUACAGAACCUGUAUGCACAAGAUGGAGAGCUGCACAAGAAAAUGAUGUUGUUAAUUAUUGAUGAGUUGGAUUAUCUCAUUACUAAAGAUCGUGAGGUGCUUCACGAGCUAUUUAUGCUUACUACACUGCCAUUUUCCAGAUGUAUAUUAAUAGGUAUUGCCAAUGCAAUAGAUCUAGCAGAUCGUUUUCUUCCUCGACUGCAGUCACUGAACUGCAAACCUUCAGUUUUGACAUUCCGUGCUUACUCAAAGGAUCAAAUACAGAAGAUUCUUCAAGAGAGACUUGUGGCCCUUCCUUACAUGGUCUUCCAGGCACAGUCCUUGGAACUUUGUGCAAGAAAAGUCGCAGCUGCAUCUGGAGAUAUGAGGAAAGCUCUAAGUGUCUGCAGGAGCGCAAUUGAGAUGCUAGAAUCAGAAAUCAAAGAAAAUGCAAGUAAUCUUAAUAAGUUGUCUAUUGAGAACGGAUCCUCUGACCAAGAAAAUGUGCCGACUUCCCCCAUCUCCCGAGAGAUUGACAUAGUUCAAAUCCAUCAUAUGGCACUUGCUUUGUCAAAGACCUAUAAAUCUCCUGUAGUGGAGACCAUACAAUCGCUUCCUCAACAUCAGCAGAUAAUCCUUUGCUCGGCAGUCAAGCUUUUUCGAGAAGGGAAAAAGGAGUCUACUGUUGGAGAGCUGAAUAAAUCUUAUGAUGGCAUAUGCAAAUCUUCUAAAAUACGGCCUGUAGGGAUUAUGGAGCUCUCAAGUAUGUGCAAAGCAUUAAACGACCAGGGACUUUUGAAGCUUGUUCGAUCUCAGAAAGGGGAGAAAGUAACCAUGAAAGUCGAUGCAGCAGACAUUACAUUUGCACUUCAGGGAGUUCGUUUUUUCCGCAACUGUCUUCAAUAAUCAACUCCGAUAUUCUCAAUCUCCAAAUAACUGGAGGAUCCGACAAUGUGCAAAAUCCUUAAAUUGGGAGAUACCAGAUCUGUUCAAGGUCAUGGACCCUAGCUUCCAAAUCGCAGAAUUUGACAUCUUAGAACUCGAAAAAUAAAAAUUGUUGGGAGGCUCAAAAGCAAGCCAACAGAAGAGUAUCAACUUGGCUCGCAGCUUCCAAUUUCCUCGCUAUUAGAACUAUUUAUACAGCAUAACAAAGAUUAUUUACCGAACUAUAUCAAAUACUAUCCGUUCCCUCAAUUGAUCGACAAAUUUUGUACUUGCGUGCUCACAAAAUUGUCAAUAAAACGUGAGCAACAGCAACAAUUAGUCAUGGAUUAUGGAUCUGCAAAAAAACAGUAACUACUGAAGAAUUUACAGCACAAAAAUUAUAGUUGUGGAAGGUGAUCAUUAUGUAACAGUUAUGAAAUUCCUCUCAAAAAAAAAUGUAACAGUUGUGAAAUUUAGUACAUGGACGGAGUUUUAGCGUUCCAUAGUUACCUCAAA